GAAAAUAGAAGACGAACACAGAAACCAUGGAAGAAUAUUUCUCCUCCUCCUUCAGAAAUUCAAAGCAAAUAGUGGGUUUUCUGAGCUUAGAACAACAACAGCUUGUCGCAGAUCGCUGUAACUCAACACCCAGAAGCAACAUCAUCAUCAUCGUUCAUCAUGUGGAGGAGAUUCUUGACAAAGAAGUGCAUGUCAACAAGCAGGGCCGUUGGAUGGUGGGACCAUGUGGGACCAGCCCCUAAGGACCCCAUCACCAGUGUCACCGAGGCUUUCCUCGCUGAUACAAGCCCUCACAAGAUCAACCUCGGUGUGGGAGCUUAUAGGGAUGAUGAAGGGAAACCAGUUGUUCUUCAAUGCGUCCGAAAUGCAGAGGCCGAGAUUGCUGGUACCGACUUCCUGGAGUCAGUUUCCACUGCAGUCAGUUCAAAUCUAGUUGAGGAGAGUGUUAAAUUGGUUUACGGAAAGAAUACAGAUGUUGUGAGAGAAGGAAGGUUUGCUGGAGUCCAAGCUCUCUCAGGCACUGGCGCAUGUCGCCUCUUUGCCGAGUUCCAGAGGCGUCUUUAUCCUGAAUCAGCAAUGUAUCUACCUGAUCCGACUUGGUCGAACCACCACAACAUUUGGAGAGAUGCCCAAGUUUCACAGAAUACCUUCCGCUACUACCGUCCUGAGUCUAGGGGACUACACUUUUCAGCACUCAUGGAUGAUGUUAAGAAUGCCCCGGAUCGUUCUUUUUUCUUAUUCCAUCCUUGUGCUCACAACCCAACUGGGGUUGACCCUACUGAGGAGCAAUGGAAAGAAAUCUCAUAUAAGUGCAAGGAGAAAAACCACUUCCCCUUCUUUGACAUGGCUUAUCAAGGUUUCGCUAGUGGAGAUCUUGACAAGGAUGCCAAGGCAAUCCGGAUUUUUCUUGAAGAUGGACAUUUAGUAGGCUGUGCUCAAUCUUUUGCAAAGAACAUGGGAUUAUACGGACAUCGUGUGGGUUGUCUCGGUGUUCUUUGUGCGGAUUCAAAGCAAGCAAUUGCCGUCAAAAGUCAGCUGCAACAGAUUGUUAGGGCAAUGUACAGCAGCCCUCCUGUUCAUGGCAUAUUACUGGUCUCCACAAUCUUGAAUGAUCAAGAUUUGAAGGCGCUUUGGCAAGAAGAAGUCAAGGUCAUGGCAGACCGCAUUAUCAGAAUGAGAGCCACAUUACGUCAGAGUCUUGAGAAAUUGGAUUCUCCUCUCAACUGGGAGCACAUAACUAACCAGGUUGGCAUGUUUUGCUUUUCUGGGUUAUCACCUGAACAAGUUGAUGAGCUUGCAAAGGAGUACCAUGUCUACAUGACCCAUGAUGGUCGCAUAAGCAUGGCAGGAGUAACCACAAGCAAUGUGAAUUACUUGGCAAAGGCAAUACAUGAGAUCACAAAAUCUAGUCGAGAGGCUUAAAUUCGUUGCAUAGACAGCAAGUCAUAUAUGAACAAUUUUUACAUGAUGUUCUGUUUUAACAAAAUGUAAUUGCUCAGGGGAUUAAAAGAAAGGCCCCUUAAUACAUAUGUUUUAUAUUGAGACUUUUGGCGGAAAAUGGGAUGUGCAUUGUACCACUUAGACAAAGUCAAUUUAUUGGAAUUUGAAUUUUA